UAUUGAAUACUUUUGUAAAAAAACUUUUCGGAAGCUGAAGGCUAUGCUUAUUGUUUAUAUAUGUGAGAUACAGAAGUAUUAGGCAGAAUUGGAUUUCUGUUACUUUAUUUGCUGUGAAAUCAACAAGUCUCCUACUUCAAAUGGCUUACUAAUUCAAGCAUAGAUUUAUGAAAAAGAUGGAAAGUAGUUUCACACAAAAACCCCAAGGAGAUCUGUGUGCAUCAGCUUUACACUUUGUGUCAACCACAUACAAUGAUGACCAUCCACUGAAGUCAGCAAUUGACAAGAAGACACAAAAUUUUACACCAAACGGCGCGACAUUUACCAGUAGACAUGAACCUGAAACACAAAAGUCUGACUCGGAGGACGAUAUGCCGCUAAAGAAUAUGAGUCAAAGCGACGCCACUAGCGAGGAGCAGGUGACGGCCAUGGACGCGGAGAAACUGAAAACUGACAUCGCGAACAUGAUCAACGAGAUCAAGAGCACCGAGCCUGCCAAGUACACGUGCAACUUGUGCCCGUAUGAGGCCAGCCGCGAGACCACCAUCUUCAACCACCGGCUCAUCCACAACAACGCCGGCGGCGUCAAGUUCUACGUGUGCAGCUACUGCCCCUACGUCAACAAGUGGAAGACCAAUGUCAUGCUGCACGAGAUGUCGCACACAGGCGCCAAGCCGUACUCGUGCGAGGUUUGCGCGCGCACCUUCGCCUCCGGCAGCGACUUCAAGCGGCACCGGCGCGUCCACACCGGCGAGAAGCCCUACGGCUGCGGCGUCUGCCACCGCACCUUCGCCAACACCAGCCACCUCAACCGCCACCGCCGCAUCCACACGGGCGAGAAGGCGUUCGGCUGCGCGGUGUGCGACCGCCGCUUCGCCGCCGAGAGCAACCUCCGCCGACACGAGCGCACGCACACGGGCGACAAACCCUACUCGUGCGGCGUCUGCGAGCGCCGCUUCGCCGACAACAGCCACCUCACCCGCCAUAAGAAGACGCACACGGGGCUCAAGCCGUACCGCUGCGGCUACUGCCGGCGCGAGUUCACGGAGAGCAACACACUCAAGCGGCACGAGCGCGUACACACGGGCGACAAGCCCUACGCCUGCGACGUGUGCGGCCGCGACUUCACGCAGACCGGUAACCUGAGCCGCCACCGCGCCAUCUGUAUAUACAAGAAGAAGAGAAACCUCAAGGUAGAGCUGGAGGUCCCGGAGGCGGACGGAACCCAAUAAACUGUCCUAUUGUAUUCUGUUAUUAUCUCUUUGAUUACAAGA